AUGGCAUUUUUCAGAUCAUCCAAGCAAGAUUUACAAGAUAUUUCGGACAUUUCCCACUCGAUGGAGAAUGUGUCGAUGAGUGACAUGGAUAUUGACUCAAAAUCACAAUAUACAAACUUAAACAAAGAAAAUAUUACACCUGGUAACUCACCAACGAAGUCGAUUCUACAUAACUCGCCUCAACAACAGCUAGCACGGUCUAGGUUUCCACAGGGAGUAAAUUCCAAUAUGGAUUAUAAUGAUUUUAAGCUCCCAAAGUUGAAUCAUACCACGCAUACUCAUGAGAUAAAAACCCAAAAUGCAAAGACCAAGAGGUUGGCAUCUGUUGCACAACUUUACUUUUUAGAUUACUAUUGUGAAAUGUUUGAUUAUGUUAUUAACAGGCGGGAUAGGACCAAGCUUGUGGAACAGAAAUUGAUGAACGAUCCUAAUUUUAGCGGAAAUGCGCAGAGGCAGCAGUUAGAAUGGAAGAACUACGUUGGGAGAGAAAGGGCUUUGUUAAGAAAGAGGAGAUUAAAGCCUAAACAUAAGGAUUUUCAGAUGAUCACCCAGGUUGGUCAGGGUGGUUACGGACAGGUGUUUCUUGCCAGAAAGAAGGAUACAAGAGAGAUUUGUGCUUUAAAGAUAUUAAACAAAAAGCUAUUAUUAAAAUUGGAUGAAACUAAGCAUGUUUUAACGGAGAGAGAUAUUUUGACCAAUACAAGAAGUGAAUGGUUGGUUAAGCUUUUAUAUGCGUUCCAAGACCCCGAAAAGGUCUUUUUGGCAAUGGAAUUUGUCCCAGGUGGUGAUUUCAGAACUUUGUUAAACAACACGGGAUAUUUAAUCCCUCCGCACGCAAGAUUUUAUAUCAGUGAAAUGUUUAUGGCAGUGAACUCGUUGCAUGAAUUAGGUUUUACCCAUAGGGACUUGAAGCCAGAAAAUUUUUUAAUUGAUUCUAAGGGCCAUAUAAAGUUAACUGAUUUUGGAUUAGCUGCGGGCAACGUCUCUAAUGAAAGAAUCGAAAGUAUGAGAUUAAAGUUGCAGAACUUACAGGAUUUAGAUGAUUACAAAGUACCAUCCAAGCUAAUGAUCGAAAGACAAAAGAUUUUUAAAAGGUCCCAAGGACACCAUAACUUGGCUAAUUCUAUUGUAGGUUCCCCUGAUUACAUGGCAUUGGAAGUUCUCGAAGGUAAGAACUAUGAUUAUACUAUCGAUUACUGGUCCUUAGGUUGUAUGUUAUUCGAAAGUUUAUGUGGUUAUCCACCAUUUUCAGGUUCUAAACAAGAUGAAACAUAUUACAAUUUGAAGAAUUGGAAAACCGCUUUAAGAAGGCCUCAAACCAAGGAUGGCCGUUAUGUGUUUAGUGACAGAACCUGGCAGUUAAUUGUCAAGUUAAUUGCGUCACCCUCUUCUAGAUUAAAAAAUUUUAAGCAAAUUCAAGUUAUGUCUUAUUUCAACGAUAUAAGUGAUUGGAAUAAAUUAAGGGAAAAAACACCUCCAUUCACCCCACAGUUAGAUAAUGAAGAAGAUGCUGGUUAUUUUGAUGACUUUGAAGAUGAAGAAAGUAUGCAAAAGUACAAAGAUGUUUUUGCAAGACAGGAACAUAAUGAACAAUUAUUAGACAAUGCAAAUAAUAAAAAGGCGAAUAAUAAUUUUAUUGGUUUCACAUUUAAGCAUAAGUUGAAUCCGAACAACAAAUUCCACCAAGGCGAAAUUAAUUUAUUGGGUAAUAAUCAUAAUCGAUUAGAUCCUCUAGCUACCUUGUAUUGA